AUGGCGCCGCACCACGCCGGCUCCAAAAAGCGGCGCCGCGAGCCCGUCAAUGUCAACACCAAGCUGGUAGAGAUCUACGAAGACCUCGCGAGCGAAAAUGACGAGGUUAGACUCAAGGCGGCGCAGGCGCUCGUCUCGCAGUUCACGCCGGACAAGAACCCCACAGAUGAGGAGAUUCAGAAGGCGCUGCAGAGACUGUUCCGUGGGCUUUGUAGUAGUCGCAAGGCGGCGCGGAUUGGGUUCUCGAUUGCUUUGACUGAGGUGCUUUCGCAGGUCUUUGCUGCGGGGCGCUCGAGUGGGCUGAGUGUGCAGGGGGUGUUGGGGACUUGGGAGAAUAUUUCGAAUGCUAGCGGGGGCGAGUCGGGGCAGGAAGCAAGAGAUCACCAUUUUGGUCGCCUUUUCGGUGCAGAGGCGAUUAUUAAAUCUGGUGUCCUGUUUAGCCCUAAGGCUCUGAUUCCUGAGUGGACGAAGGUCCUGGGGCUGGUCUUCGACCUGGCUAAGAAGAAGCCUUGGAUUCGGGAGGAGUGCGGUUGGAUUGUGUACCGCUCUAUCCAUGAUCUUGCGUCUCAGAAGGCCGACGGUAAACUCGUGCAAGUUGCUCUCGAGGCCCUCUGCGCGAACGACUUGGCGCGAACACCGGAGGGUGUUGCAAUUUGGCUGGCUGCUAAGGAUCUCUUUCCUGGUAUCAGCUUCCCGAGUAAAGUGUGGAAACAUGACGACCCGCUAGACUCGAAGGAGCGGAGCCAGCUUGCAAAGGCGAUGAAGGAGUCUUCUGGCGAGAGUGAGGAAGGAGAGAAAGGCGCAAAGUCUUCCGGCGUGUGGAACUCGAAGCUUCACUUUGCCUGGGAUGCUGCACUACUGAGCUUGAAUGGCACGAAGGAAUCAAAGUCCCGUCUCAGCUUUGCCGAUUUCUGGACAGAAGUGGUUGACAAUGGUCUAUUUGCCUCUGCAUCCUCAGAAGAACGGAAGUACUGGGGCUUCCUCCUGUUUGCCAAAGUGAUCAACGAGCACAGCCUGCAAUUGGCAUCUAAGGUCUUCACAAAGAACCUGGUUAGAUGUCUUACAAACCAGCUGGCUGUUAAGGACCGCUACCUGCACCGGAUGGCAGUCAAGGCUGCCAAGGCCAUCCAGGCCCGUGUAGCUAAGGAGCCCGAGUUUGCCGCAGCGUCUGUCAAGGGACUUAUGGGCUCCGCAGGCUCUGUGAACUUUGACCACAUCACAAAGACAAAGACGGUGGAGAAGAUCGUGUCCGAGGCUAACCUGGAAGCCUUGAACACCAUCCUGCCUUUGUUUGAGAAACUCGUUGCAUCCCCUGGGACGGAAGACAGCAAGGCCGCUGCGUCAAGCCGUCAGGUUCUUGCGGGUCUGCUGUUGUCGAUGGUUCGGGCCCGAGUGUCCGCUAGCGAUGCAGCGGAUGAGGCAUCUGAGGCUGCGCUUGAAAAGGUUCUCUUCAUAUUCGCUCGUUUUGCAUACUUCACGAGCGAAGAGGGCAAAAACGGUGCUCAGCCACCGUUCACGCAGCAGACCCAGGAGCUGUUCCGGAGCAGGAUCAACUCGUCUCUGAACAGCAUCAUUGCUGCACAGAAGCAUGCCGCUACACUUCCGUAUGCAGUUGUGCGUAAGAUCCGGGAUGCGGUCAAAUCGGAAGAGUAUGGCAAGUUCAUUAUUAGCAUGGACGAUACUAUCAAGGAUGCAGUGAAAGGUGCAUUCAAGGCGCUGAAGAAACUGUCGAGCAUGGACAAGAAGGAAAGCGCAGCCGGCGUUGACGCCUUCAAGCUCCUCUACUCUAUGACAGUCCUGCAAGUCUACAAUGGUGACGCAGAUGCCGUGUCUAUGCUGGGUGAACUGGACUUCUGCUACAACAAGAUCUUCGCGGACAAGAAGUCCAAGAAGGACGAAGAGACCUCGGAAGCUUCAGAUGCCCUCGUUGAGAUCCUUCUGAGUUUUGCUUCGAAGCCAUCUCAACUUUUCCGUCGUAUGAGCGAGCAAGUCUUUACUGCGUUUGCUCCCAAUGUCACAGCCACUGGUCUGGAGUCACUGACUUCGAUCUUGGAAGCCAAAGAAAGCCUCGCAGGUCAACAGGAGAUGUUCGACCAGCAAGACGAUGAAGAGGACGCCGAGGAAGACGAAGACGGCGAAGACGAAGAUAUGAUGGACGUUGACGAGAUGGACAGCGACGUUGAAGUCGUUGAGCCCGAAGACGACGACGAUGAUGCCUCAUCACCCUCAGACGAAGAAGCAGAAGGAGACGACGGAAACGACGAAGACGCUGCCGAGAUUGCUGCUUUCGAAGCAAAACUCGCCGAAGCCCUCGGCACUCACCGCGCCGACCAAGACCUGAAAGAAGAGGAAUCCGAAUCCGACGAAGACAUGGGCGACGACGAGAUGGAAGAGAUUGACACCGCGCUGGUCAAAGUCUUCAAAGCCCGCCGCGACGCCCUUAGCAAAAAGAACGACAAGAAGGACGCCAAGGAGACGAUGGUUAACUUCAAGAACCGCGUCCUCGACCUCCUUGAGAUCUACGUCAAGAACAAGCAAUGUCAUUCCUCGCUUCUCGCGCUCGAUCUUAUCCUGCCUCUUCUCCGCCUCACGCGUCGCUCAUCGGUCAAGCAGAUCAGCAACAAGGCGAACUCGGUGCUGCGUGAAUACACGAAACUCUGCAAGGGCGCUUCGCUUCCGGCUUUAGAGUCUGAUGAUGUUGAGGCUGUGUGGGAACUCCUGAAGGCAAUUCACGCCGAGGCGAUGCACAGCGGGCCACCGGCGCAUGCGUCUGGCUGCAGCCAGGCCAGUCUUCUGGUUGUGAAGGUUCUGACGGCGCAUGACAAGAACGCCGUCAACGGGGUUGUGGAUGUCUAUGCCGAGACAAGGAAGGCCCAGCUGCUUAGCUCGAAGUGUCAUGUGCAGCCCUCGUUCUUCACGGACUGGAACAACUGGUGUGUUUCGGCUGGAAGGGCGAUGAAGAAUUAG